AUGGCUAGGGAUGUUCAAGCGAGACUAACAUACCUCCAAUGGCAACCCAGUUACACCCAUACACGCCCUUAUAAAAUUGGUGUAUUUGCUGGACGAAGAAAGCGCAACAUCGAUCGCGACAAGACGACUAAUCUAGUCUUUCAUGUGGCCGAUCGUCCCGAGACUAUUCGAGAUAUUAGGGGACUGACUGAAACUCUUCCGUUCGAUCUUGAUACCAACGGUUUCGUCUACAAGAGAUGCCUCGCACCGACUCUUACAAAGUCUUAUGAGUACUCCAAUCCUCAGAAGGUCAAAGAUAUCUUCUUGCCAGAAUGCGAAGCCAUUCUGAAGGAACACGUUAACGGGGCUGAUGAAGUUAUGAUUUUUGACUGGAAAAUCAGGAAGAGAAAGAGCGCAAAGGAGAAAAGGACACGAAACCCUAAUUUGCAGGGGUUUGCGCGACAGGUUCAUAUAGACACACUUCUAACUCGAGAUGUGAUUGGGACUCCUUUAAUGGAGCGCAUACGCAAUCAUCUUCCGGAAGAAUCUCAGCACCUUCUUUCUGGGCGAGCCCAACUGAUAAUACUCUGGCGACCAAUAAAUGGGCCGAUUGAAGAUCACCCCAUUGCUGUAUGUGAUGGACGAACUUUGGACGCAUCCAAGUUUAUUGAGACAGAUAUGAUACGUGGGAACUAUACCGGCACUAUGCUCUAUCCACAAUCUGAGACAAAUGAUGCACGUAAAUGGUAUUAUAUGAGUGGCCAGGAUGUAGAAGAUGUGCUUCUGUUCAAAGGGUUCGACACGAAGGAAGAUAGUGUGAAAUGUGAGUGGUUAACCACCCUGAUUGGCUAUCUUUCAACAGUCCAAGUCCCUUUCAAACCGAUACUCCUCACACUUCAUUCAGUCCUCUGA